AUGGGCCGGGCUGGUGGUUUGACUCAGAGACUUGAGCCCAAUGCAUUAACGAGAAAGUGUCCCUUGGAGAUCGAUUUCACCACCUUAUACCUCUCUGUGAUGACUUCUCACCACUCGCAGCAUGGAUUCUCGAUCCUCGAUUCCGAUUUCGACGCACUCUACGGCGACUACACGCCUCCGUCGCCGCCGCCGCCGCCGUUGCCUCACCCGCCCUCGCUCACGUGCCAGGAGGGUCUCGACGGGACUGGCUCGCUCGCCACCACCUGCGAUCUCAAUUCGAGCCUGGUUUUCGACGGUGACGUGUACAUAGAAGGGAACGGGAGCUUGAACAUACUUCCCGGCGUGAAGUUGAGUUGCCCCGUGUUGGGGUGCGUGAUUUUGAUUAACGUGAGUGGCGAAUUUAGUUUGCAGAGUGGUGCUGUUAUGGUUGCGGGCACAGUGCUGGUAGCGUCGCGGAACGCGAGCUUGUUCGGCGGUUCGGUGAUAAACGUGACCGGGCUGGCAGGGUCGCCGCCAGCGCAGACGAGCGGGACGCCGUCGGGGACGCAGGGGGCGGGCGGAGGGCACGGUGGGAGAGGCGCCACGUGUGUUUCGGAUAAUACGAAGCUUCCGGAUGAUGUGUGGGGUGGGGAUGCAUACUCGUGGUCGUCGCUGGAUAAGCCGUGGAGUUAUGGGAGUAAGGGUGGGACGACUAGUAAGGAGGAGAAGUAUGGAGGGGAAGGAGGGGGAAGGAUUAUGCUUGAUAUUGUUGAUUCCGUUGAUGUGUCUGGGGAUCUCUUUGCAAACGGAGGGGAUGGUGGGAUCAAGGGUGGAGGAGGUUCCGGUGGCAGCGUUUUUCUUAAAGCUCAUAGAAUGUAG